CUCAAAUGCGAAGCGUUGCUGUUGUUGGAACAUUCAAUGUCGAGCAUUGUGCCGCAUAAUGCGCACUAGUGCUGUAAUUGGAAAACUACCCUACUUACUACCAACCAAGGAGGACUGUAAUUUAUUGUACCCAUCGGUGACAGGGUAAAUAUUCAAUUCAGCGCCAAACAUGUUAUAAGCGUUAUGUGUUCUAUGUCAAGAGGAAAGUCCCCUGGUCAUGGUGGGUUAAGCAUUGAGCAUAUACAGUACGCUGGUUCUCAUAUAUAUAGGUUAUUAGCUAUGCUAUGAUCUUGUAUACAAGUCAUUCAUAUCUGCCCUAUGAUCUUAUGCGGACAUUAGUUAAUAGUAUAAAAAACAAGACAGGAGAUUUGGCGGAUAGUUCAAACUACAGGCCUAUAUCGCUGACGACUUUAUGGCGUUGGACGGUUUGCUUAAUACUCGGCUAAAUAAAUAUCUACAUUUGCACGAUAACCAAUUUAGGUUUCGGCCCAAGCUGUCUACUGAUGAUACUAUUCUGAGACUUAAGCACACCGUUUCAUACUACCUGCGUCGUAGAACAGCGGACUAGACCUGUUUCUUUGAUCUUUCCAAAGCAUUUGAUUUGGUUGCCACCAUCUCUUAUGCUCCAUAGAUGCUCAAUUGAUGUGAAAAAAAACAAAUCAUUAUAUGUUGGGGAUGAUCACUGAUGCGUGGGUGGAUUGUUUUUACGCCACAAUGCGCAAGAGAUGUGCAUCCUUGGUGCAUUGUGCAAGCUAGCGGUAGCAGCAUCCUCCGCAUGAUCACGGACAGAGUUGAUUGCCCAUACGGCAUACCUCAAUCACUGUUCCGCCAUUUCAUGCGGAAUGAUUCGGGUAUGAAUAUAAUGUAAACCUAAUAACAUUUAGAUUUAAGGUAUGUAUUAAGUUGUAAUUACUAACAUAGUUAUGGAACCUUAAUUUUAUUUAUUUAUUUAACUUGUCAUGUGUAUAAUCUGUACUCUGUGUACUGUGUAGACUAGUCAAUACAAAAAUGUAAACUGUGUAAUUCAAUAGAAAUUCACAAAACACUAUUACUUCUAGCGAAUAUAUGAGUUAUUGGUUAGAAAACUUUAUUAAAAUAUUUUAUAAAUGGAAAAUUUUUCAGAUGUUGAGAAAAUUGGCGAGGGAACAUACGGUGUAGUGUACAAAGCUAAACAUAAUGUAACUGGAAAAGAAAUUGCCCUGAAGAAGAUUAAACUUGAAAAUGAGCCAGAGGGUGUGCCAUCAACAGCAUUGCGUGAAAUAUCUGUGCUGCGGGAGCUUAAGCACCCAAGUGUGGUGCAGCUGUUAGAUGUUUUGCUUGCUGACACCAAGCUCUUUCUUGUAUUUGAGUUUAUGCACAUGGACCUUAAAAAACUUAUGGAGCUGUCCAAAGGCCCUCUGCGGUUGGAUCUAGUCAAGAGUUAUGUGCGCCAGUUGGCUGAAGGUGUGGCUUAUUGUCAUGCACGUCGAGUGCUUCACCGUGAUCUUAAACCCCAAAAUCUAUUGGUGGAUUCAGAGGGCCGCAUAAAACUGGCUGACUUUGGCCUGGCACGAGCCUUUGCCAUUCCUGUCCGUGCCUUUACACAUGAGGUAGUUACACUUUGGUAUCGAGCUCCAGAGAUCCUGCUUGGCGCAAAGUUCUACUCUACUGCAGUUGACAUAUGGAGUCUUGCAUGUAUAUUUGCAGAGAUGGCUAGUGGGCGCACACUAUUUCCAGGUGACAGUGAAAUUGAUCAACUGUUCAGGGUAUUCCGAGCAUUAGGGACACCUGGUGAUAAUGUGUGGGCGGGGGCACGACUACUACCUGAUUACCGGGCUUCUUUCCCACGCUGGCCAUCACGGUCUGCACGCUUAUUACUGCCAGCUACAAUUAGAGCGCUCCCAGCAGCUGCGGACCUGUUUGAAGCCAUGCUGCGAUAUGAUCCAAGUGAACGUCUUCCAGCUCGAGCUGCCCUUCAACAUCCUUUCCUGGCAGACGCGCGCCGUACGCCACCAGACCUUGUGCCAUCUUCCCCACAGCUUUCCUCAUGAGUAGUUAUUCAAGGUUGCUAAUUGUUUAGGCAUGGUAUUGAGUAGAGGUGUAAGUCUCAAGUGGUUUUGUAAUUAUGCAAUUUAGCUAAAGCUACCUUGGUCUGGACACCAUGUCGAAAGCUGAAGAUGACUCCACUCUACAAAAUAUAUCAAGGAGUGUAUGAACUGAACAGAUGCCUGAUAUACUUAUUGACUGAUAUAUUUAAGCCAUUCUUUAGAGUUGUUCAUUCAAUUUAUAUCGUAAAUGAAAUAAUCUUGUAAUAUGUAUUUAGAUACAUGAAUUUCCUAAUGGAUUAACUCUUAAUUAAAUUAACAACUCUGAGUACAGGUAAAAAACUAAUAAAGUUUA